AUGUUCGGAUACCAACCUGAACCAGAAGAACUUCCAAUGAGGUUGCAAGAACUUCAAGAUGCUAUAAACAAACUUCCAUUGAGACAUCCAAUUGACGUCAAAUUGUAUUGGAGAGCAUCUGAGUUAGGUCAGAAGGUUUUAUAUGAAACAGGUUGCUUCGACGAUGUUUAUGAGAUAACAGGAGAAGUUUCUCAGAAGAUAAGAGACUCACUUGAAUUUCCACAAACUGGACCAAUUGGUUGCGACAAGUUCGACUCAGAUGAAAAGAUAUACUAUGUCGACCUUAACGCUGCAUACAUGAGGUUUGUCCAAUAUAUUCCGACUGGAAUUACAAACGAAGAUGGUGAGUUCCCGGGAAGGAACUAUACAGUUGGAAAAGUCAUACAACAACUGUAUGAUAUUAGGAAAGCUUCAAACCCCAAACUUGCAAUGACACUCAAAUUGCUUAUGAAUUCGACAUGGGGAUAUUCCAUUAAGAAACCUCAAGAGAUGAAGAGUAAACAUUAUGAGAAGGUCGACAACUUUGUUGAAAGGUUUUCUCCUUUUGUUUUGAAGUACGAAUUCACUCAAGGUCAAAGUGGCUUAGUAACCACAUUAAAACCUAUUGUCGAACAUUGGUCUUACCCUCAGUUCGCAAAGGCAGUCCUUGACAACUACAAUGAGUUCUUCUCGGAAGUCAAAUCGAAAGUCAAGGUUUACUAUGAGAACAUUGACGCACUCAUGACGAACGAAGAAGGCUAUAACAAACUCAUUGAAAUGGGUUUAGUCGGUGAAAAGAUGGGUCAAUUCAAAUUGGACAAAAUUUUCACCGAAGUUCAUGUCCUCUCCAAGCGUAAGUACUGGGGCAUACUUGAAGACGGCACAGAAAUAAAACAUUGCAUGAAAUAA